AUGGCAUUGACACCAAUUGUUAAAGUAAUUGAUUUAUAUCGACAUGAAUUAUUAGAAAAUGGUUUUGGUGUACAAUGGAUGGAGGAUAAUGAUGAAAAUAAUCCAUCAAAUUCAAAAUAUUCACUUAUAUCUGUUCGAUCUGUAUAUAAUAAUCAUAAUACACAUUUACCUGCACAUAUUUGGAGAUCACUCGCUAAAGUUCUACCUGGUGAUAUUAUCGUUGAACUAAAUGGUGUUAGUACCAAUGGACAAACAAUUACUGAACUUGAAAAAAAUUUAAAAUUAUCUGGUAAUCGAAUUCGUAUACGAUUAAAAUCAGACUAUAAUAACGGUUAUAUAUCAUCUAAUCUUGUCGAUUCAUGUUGCAAUUCACCUUCAUUAUUAACAUCAUCGCUAUCUGCAACAGACGAAGAUAAUUUAUCGGAUACGGAAUAUUAUCAACAGAAAAAAGUUUUUUUACCAAUAACAAACGGUAAUUCACAUAAUUCAAUGAUAAAUGGUUAUGGUCAAUAUACGAACUCCGAACGAAGUCGUUCAUGUGAAAAUAAUCUUGAUUCAUAUGAUCGUAGAUCAACUGAUGAACUAACUAUAUCAUCAUCAUCAUUAAUUGACUUACCAAUUUCAUCUGUAAGUCAUGCUGAUUAUGAUAAUCUUAGUUCUAUUAAUGGUGAUAAUAAAAUAAAUGGACAAACAACCACAAUAUCAUCAUCAAAAAAUUCACCACAAUCAACAUCACCAAUAUCAUGUGAAUUAGAUCAAAAAACAAAAGAUGCUAUUGAUGCAAGAUUGAAAGAUAUUGAUGAUGAAUUUGAAUUUAAUUUACCAGUUACUUCGGAAACAGUCAAUAAAUCGGUUGAUCUUCCAUCUGCCCGUCGAUUAGCUAAACGUCUAUAUGCAUUAGAUGGUUUUAAAUCAACUGAUGUUGUUCGACAUUUAUGUAAAAGGAAUGAUUUUAAUCAAUUGGUAGCUGAAGAAUACGUUAAACUAUUUGAUUUUCAAGGUGAUACACUUGAUCGUGCAUUAAGAAAGUUUGUUAAACAAUUUACUAUUAUUGGUGAAACACAAGAUCGUGAACGUGUUUUACAUUUUUUUGCUGCAAGAUAUUUAGAUUGUAAUCCAACAACAUUUACAUCAGUUGAUGCUUGUCAUAUGUUAACAUGUGCGAUUAUGUUACUCAAUACGGAUCUUCACGAUUCAAAAAUCUCAGCGAAAAUGACAUUUCAACAAUUCAGCGAGAAUUUACAUGAAUUAAAUGAUGGCGUUGAUUUUUCCAAAGAUUUACUUAAAUCAUUAUAUAAUGCUAUUAAAAAUGAACAACUUAUGGAUGAAACAACACUUGGUUCAGAUGAUUAUAAUGAUGUACGAUUAGGUGGUCAUGGAACUUUACAUGGAUAUAGUAAUUGUUUUAAUCCAUUUUUAGAAAUCCCAGAUACAAGUAAAAGUGUUGAAUACAUGCAGGGUUAUGUUAUGAGAAAAUGUUGUGUGGAGUCGGAUGGAAAACGAACUCCAUUUAUGCGUCGUGGUUGGAAAGCAUAUUAUGCUAGUCUACGUGAUAUGGUUCUUUAUUUACAAAAAAAUGAUCAACAACCAGCAACAAUAUUAGUUGGUGAUACAAAUGCUAUACGUUUACAUCAUGCAUUUGCUCAAGAAGCUACAGAUUAUCGUAAACGUCAACAUGUAUUUCGUUUAAAAACAGCCGAUUGGGCAGAAUAUUUAUUUCAAACAAGUGAUAAUGAUUUAAUGAAAAAAUGGAUUGAUACUAUAAAUUUAAUAGCCGCAUCUUUUUCUUCACCAUCAUUACCAGCAAUUAUUGAUUCAUCAUCAAUACAUUUUCAACGACCACUUUUACCAAGUGUACAAACACGUUAUUCUGUUUUUGAACAAUAUGAAUAUAUUAUGAAUCAAAUCAAUGAUAUAUCAUCUCAAUUAAAUAUAUUAAAAAGUCAUACAUAUACAACAAUUAAUAAUGAAAAUAUUUUAAAUACAAAUGGAGAUAUUAAACAACAACAACCAUCAACAAUGAAAGCACGAGAUCUAAUAGAAAAUAAAGCUAAAAUUGAAUAUUAUGAAUAUGAAUUAAAACGAUAUGAAGUCUAUGCUGAUCGUCUUCGACGACAUUUUCAACAAUUACAAUUAGAUCCUUCAUGUUUUAAAACCAAUUCUAAUCAUCAACAAGAUCAACAUUUAACCACACCUAUGGAAUCUUUAUCGGGUGUAUCUGAUGCUCAGCAUCAUAUAUUAUCUACACGAUCAACAUCAACUGUUGCCUAUAAAAAAGUUUCUCAAUCACCAAAUCUAACUAUAACAAAUCCAAAUCGUUAUAGUUAUAUGAUGGCUGUUAAUACACAUCCCGUUACUAUGAACGAACAUCGAUUAUAA